UACUUAUUUCAUGUUGUUGAAUGUUGGUCAACGUUGAAAAGUCUCUGCAAGAUAGUGCAGUUUCUCAAGUAAACUAACGUUUCUAGUGAUUAGAAACAAAGGGAGAACAGAUGCAGUCGCAGGUAAAUCACAACUUCCACCCAGAGAGUGAGGUGAACAUCAACAAGCUGGUGAACAUCAAGCUGACUGCAUCCUACACCUACCUCUCCCUGGGGAUGUAUUUCGACAGGGACGAUGUGGCUUUGCGCAGCUUCUCUAGGUUUUUCCUGGAGCGUUCUGCGAAGGAGAGAGAGCAGGCAGAAAAAUUGCUGGAAUACCAGAAUAUGAGAGGCGGUCGCAUUCUCCUUCAGCCCAUCGCUAAACCCAGCAGGGAGGACUGGCGAGGUGGCCUGGAUGCCAUCACCUUCUCCCUGGAGUUUCAGAAAACCCUCAACACGUCCCUCCUCGAGGUGCACCGUUGUGCCAACACUCACUCUGACCCCCAUCUGUGUGACUUCCUAGAGCAGCACUUCCUGUCCGACAGCCAUGACACCAUCAAGAAGCUGGGUGACCAUCUGGGCAGCCUGACCCGCCUCACUUCUUCUGAGACCCAUGGCUCCAUGGGAGAAUACCUGUUUGACAAACACACCCUGUAAGACUCACAGCAAGAAGAGAGCACAGCGUUCACACAGGGACUGGAGUCUGGAGAGUUGUCCUUUCUAACUGUGCAUGCAUUUCCGUUACAAGUAGCACUAAAGUGGGAUUUAGCAAUAGAACCACAUACCUCUUACAGUACGUACAGAAAACAAUGCAAGACCAUGGAACAGUUGAAUACCUCAACACCCGUUUACCACUCCUGAUGUGAACAGUGGUUACCACUGACAAACAAAAAGGUGUGAUGGGUUCGCACUCAAAGAUAUGUCGCAUAAAGCUUACUAUUCUAUUUUUCUAAAUGAUUUUCACUGCAUCAGGGAUAGCGUACAAAUACAUUUUUGCUUUACAUCCAUCAGUGUGUAGAUACAAUUGUAUUUUAAUUCGAAACCACAUUUUUAGAGAACAACCGAUGAGCAGCAGGUACUUCUGAUCAGGGUUGCCACUCAUCUGCCAAUCAGGUAUGUGUCUUUUCUGGCCUACCUGUAUACAAAUUAGUCACAGAGUAAUACAGAAUUAUAGGGUAUGGGAGUGGGCACGAAGGGCAACCGCCCCAGGUGUCCGUUCACCUAAACAACUCUGGUGCUAUAAGUCAACUUGGUUUCUGACAUAGAGUUGAUCAAGCAUUCCAGCAGUAAAUAUGCUUCAUUGUGUUGUGCAUUCCUACAUACAGUGGGGCAAAAAAGUAUUUAGUCAGCCACCAAUUGUGCAAGUUCUCCCACUUAAAAAGAUGAGAGAGGCCUGUAAUUUUCAUCAUAGGUACACUUCAACUAUGACAGACAAAAUGAGGGGGGAAAAUCCAGACAAUCACAUUGUAGGAUUUGUUAUGAAUUUAUUUGCAAAUUAUGGUGGAAAAUAAGUAUUUGGUCACCUAAAAACAGGCAAGAUUUCUGGCUCUCACAGACCUGUAACUUCUUCUUUAAGAGGCUCCUCUGGCACUGUUUGAACUUGUUAUCAGUAUUAAAGACACCUGUCCACAACCUCAAACAGUCACGCACCAAACUCCACUAUGGCCAAGACCAAAGAGCUGUCAAAGGACACCCGAAACAAAAUUGUAGACCUGCACCAGGCUGGGAAGACUGAAUCUGCAAUAGGUAAGCAGCUUGGUUUGAAGAAAUCAACUGUUGGAGCAAUUAUUAGGAAAUGGAAGACAUAAAAGACUACUGAUAAUCUCCCUCGAUCUGGGGCUCCACGCAAGAUCUCACCCCGUGGGGUCAAAAUGAUGACAAGAACGGUGAGCAAAAAUCCCAGAACCACACGUGAAUGACCUGCAGAGAGCUGGGACCAAAGUAACAAAGCCUACCAUCAGUAACACACUACGCCGCCAGGGACUCAAAUCCUGCAGUGCCAGACGUGUCCCCCUGCUUAAGCCAGUAUAUGUCCAGGCCCGUCUGAAGUUUGCUAGAGAGCAUUUGGGUGAUCUAAAAGAUUGGGAGAAUGUCAUAUGGUCAGAUGAAACCAAAAUAGAACUUUCUGGUAAAAACUCGUUGUGUUUGGAGGACAAAGAAUGCUGAGUUGCAUCCAAAGAACACCAUACCUACUGUGAAGCAUGGUGGUGUAAACAUCAUGCUUUGGGGCUGUUUUUCUGCAAAGGGACCAGGACGACUGAUCCGUGUAAAGGAUAGAAUGAAUGGGGCCACAUAUUGUGAGAUUUUGAGUGAAAACCUCCUUCCAUCAGCAAGGGCAUUGAAGAUGAAACGUGGCUGGGUCUUUCAGCAUGACAAUGAUCCCAAACACACCGCCUGGGCAACGAAGGAGUGGCUUCGUAAGAAGCAUUUCAAGGUCCUGGAGUGGCCUAGCCAGUCUCCAGAUCUCAACCCCAUAGAAAAUCUUUGGAGGGAGUUGAAAUUCCGUGUUGCCCAGCAACAGCCCCAAAACAUCACUGCUCUAGAGGAGAUCUGCAUGGAGGAAUGGGCCAAAAUACCAGCAACAGUGUAUGAAAACCUUGUGAAGACUUAGAGAAAACAUUUGACCUCUGUCAUUGCCAAAAAAGGGUAUAUAACAAAGUAUUGAGAGAAAGUUUUGUUAUUGACCAAAUACUUAUUUUCCACCAUAAUUUGCAAAUAAAUUCAUGAAAAAUCCUACAAUGUGAUUUUCUGGAAUUUUUUUUAACUUAUUUUGUCUGUCAUAGUUGAAGUGUACCUAUGAGGCCUCUCUCAUCUUUUUAAGUGGGAUAACUUGCGCAAUUGGUGGCUGACAAUACUUUUUUGCCCCACUAUAAUUCUUAAUCAGUGCUGUGUUACACCUAGUUUCAUUACUCCAAAAAGCAGCAUAUGAUCAAAUAUGUUCUAAAGGAUUUAAUCAACAGUUGAAUUUGAAUAAAAGUAACACUAUU